AUGGGUCGCGCAGCUCAGACGAUCUCCUUUGCCCUUCUAGUUUCCUCGGCGUACCUACUACUGGCAAUGCCACUCUUGACCCAAGACUCACCUGUUCCCUCCAUUCUACCAACCAAAAUUCAAGUCGAAAUCAUUCCGGCUCUGCCUUUUUGGGCACUCAUCUCGCUAGGCGCAUAUCUGCUCGGACGGCUGGGGUUGGGCGUCCUACGAUUCAAUGACACAAAAGAGGCUUACACGGAGCUCAUGGAACAAAUAGAUGGCGCAAAGAAGAAGCUGGACCAGAGAAAAGUGCGCUGGGACUAA